AUGAAAAUUGCCUUAAGUUUACUAUUAACUGUAACAGUGUGUACCAUUGAUGGUUCUCCACUAAAAUCCUAUAAAAUAUUCGGAGGACAAAACGCCAAAGAAGGUCAGUUUCCAUACCAAUUAUCACUUCAAGGUCCAGCCUAUGCAGCUUCGAAUGACAACGAGCACUAUUGUGGAGGUAGCAUCCUUUCUCAUAAUUGGAUUGCUACUGCAGGGCAUUGUUGUUUAGCUAACGUUACCGGAACCCGUAUAUUUGCUGGAAUAAUAAACGCAGCUGGUGAAGAAAGUGAAUAUAAGCAAGAGAGAAGCAUCGCCGAGACUAAUAUUCAUUAUUUUAGCGGUGCCAAUCCACAUGAUAUCUGCAUUAUUAAAAUAAACAAACCAUGGGUUUACAAUGACAGAGUUCAACCCAUAGCUCUUCCAAUUCAAGACUUUAAUGUCACAGGAGAUGUAGUUGCAUCCGGUUGGGGACAAUCUGCUCAAAACAACUAUUAUCCUGAUCUACUACAGUGGCAAAAAUCAGAUAUGCCAGAUGAAGAAACGGAUAAAGAAAACCCCUACGACAGCCUUGCAAAUGUAUGUACCGCAAAUCCUGAAGCUGAUCAUGGUGUUUGUUAUGGAGACUCGGGAAGUCCUUUGGUUUUAGAUAAACAGUUGGUUGGAAUAGCAUCUUGGGUAUUUCUUCCAUGUGGCACAAAAGGCGCUCCAUCUGUAUUCACCAGAGUAAGUCACUAUGUUUCGUGGAUCAAGCAACAUGAUGCUGAAUUGUAA